AUGGGAAGGUUUCACGAAGACGAUCAACAUCUUGCGUUAGACGCCAAGCAAAAUCGCCAAUCAGACCUACAACGUUGGGAUCGUAUGACACGUUGUACGACACAGGAGAGAAUCGUUAGUUUGUCAUUGCCACAGACAACGAUAGAAAAAUUAGUUGAAGCCACAAGUGCAAUCAAGUCAAGGCGUACUGAGUCUGUUCCAACUAUUAGUCCACAGACAAAACAAACACUGAAAAGUUUGCUAUAUGAUGAGGAUCAAAUGAAUGGAUCGGAUGUUUCUGAAAUGGCUCAAGCUCGUGGGAGUAGAUCAGGUAUUUCCAUCAAACAGAAGGAAGACGCGUCACACGGAGAGACACCUGAAAACUGGAGCGUUAUCACCACGAAUGAUUCUGAAGUUGGGCAUCAGUCGAAACCGAAUGAUAAUCAAAUCAAUAGUGUUUACGAGAAUACUAAUUUAAAAAGCGUGAACACUUAUACAGAAACUGAGGGUAACAAUACCCGUAGAAAAUUGUCAUUGCGAAACUCAAUAGAUGACACAGAAAAAUUGCCGCAGGAAGUGGAAGAUGCAGGGUUCACUAACGAUCAGAAUAAAGAGAUGAGUUCUUAUGGAAAUAGAUCAGAAACUAGUGCUGACAGUGGAGAGAAAAAAUCAUUAAUGCAGCAUUCAACUUUCCAAUCUGAAGAGGAUUCUAACGAUCAGUUACUGAAAAAUGUUCUUAAUGAUAAAAAAUUAGAUGCACCCAAAUAUGAAACUUUUAAUUCAAAACAAGAAUCAUCUUCGAUUCAUGAUGAAACACUUGAUGGUCCACAACACUUCACAGACACCGAAAAAGAAUUGACUAACAAGUCAACAGCUGCUUAUCUUGCUUCCACUAUUAAAGACAAAUCUUCUCCAACUCACAAUAACACUCUUCAAUUGCAUUUGUCAUCGGAAAUAAAACAGGAUACGGAAAAUUUAAAUUCAUUACCAGCAACGCCGAAUGUCUCGCACGACUCCGUUGAAGUAUCAAAGAAUUCAAUGCAAAAACCAACAGGUAAAGGAAAAAGUAAAUUUGGAAGCAGUGUGACUGAUGUAAAACCACCAGGUGAAGAACAAAAACUACCUUUAAAGACUGAGGAUGACAGUGAAUCGCCUUCGAAGAAAAAUCGUGUUGUUGAUGCUGAGAAAACAUUUUCCCAAGAGGUUCAUAGUAAAACUGUCAAUAUAAAUGACGUGCCAUUAAAAGAUACAAGUUAUCCUUCAACAGAUGUACUGUUGCCAGUCUACAUCAAACCGACUGUGAAAACGUUAUCUCGAGAAUCAGUUGAGCUUAUCUGGAAGUUACCAGAUUAUGGAACAAGUAAAGCAUCCAUGUAUGAUAUUGAAAAGAAAGAACAACAAAAAGGCGUUUGGGAGAAGGUAAACUCUGUGAGUGCGUUGCUUGGUGCAAUCAGAGUUGAUGGCCUGAUUAAUUCUGGACAUUGUGACUUUCGUUUAAGAUCAUCAAGUUUGUUAUCCAAUGAUAAUCAAGAAAAAUUAGAUCAGGGAAGUGAACCAUUGACUACAUUUGGUACAUACGUGAAAAGUGACGAAGAGAAACAAUGGAAUAAAGUUGGUAAAACUGAUACAACACAUUUAAGUACAACUGUUGAUAAUUCUAAUGAUAAUACAUCAAAUGAUAAUUCUAAUCUGAGUCCGACAACUGAUGUACAAUUAAAACUGGAAAAUCAAUCAAAUGAUUUACUAGUUGAUUCAUUAUUACUGUUAAAAAAAAUCGACGAAACAUUGGAGUUAGUCGUGAAUGGUGUAAUGAGAGCAGGUAAAAUGUUGUUUAAUCUCUCUAAUUGUAGUUCGCUCUGGCCAGCCAUCUCUGCUACCGGAGUGAAAUUCCGUAACGAUUUUUUUGCAUUUUGUUUUUCUUAUAAUGUUUGAGUAACGAGACGCCUAGAGAUCUAGAAUAUCACAGAUUAAAU